UUUCUCAAAACCUUCCCGCCAUUUCACACAUUUUCCCUCUCUACUCUGUCUCUCUAAAAUGGGUGUUGCUGCCGCAAUGCAGCAUCAAGAUUAGGGUUUUGAUCAGCAUUGGAGUUGCAGACGUCGAUCAGAGCUAGCAGAGAUGGGGAUUCAAGGGCUUCUACCACUAUUGAAAUCGAUCAUGGUGCCCUUUCACAUCAAGGACCUAAAGGGUUGCUCUGUGGCCGUAGACACCUAUUCUUGGCUCCACAAAGGUGCUUUAUCUUGCAGCAAACAGCUCUGCAAAUCCAUACCCACCUCCAGGCAUAUUGAUUAUUGCAUGCAUAGAGUGAACUUGCUCCGCCAUUAUGGUGUUGAACCUAUUCUUGUUUUCGAUGGAGGUCUCCUACCAAUGAAGAUUGAACAGGAGAACAAGCGUGCAAGGGUGAGGAAGGAAAAUCUUGCACGUGCUAUUGAGCAUGAGUCGAAUGGAAAUUCUGCUGCAGCUUAUGAGUGCUAUCAAAAGGCAGUUGACAUCUCACCUUCAAUUGCACGUGAACUAAUUCAGGUCUUAAAGCAGGAGAAUGUAUCCUAUAUUGUGGCUCCUUAUGAGGCAGAUGCCCAAAUGACCUUCUUGGCAGUCAGCCAACAGGUUGAUGCAAUUAUCACUGAGGACUCCGAUAUGAUACCAUUUGGUUGUCCAAGGAUUAUCUUUAAAAUGGACAAGUUUGGGCAAGGUGUUGAGUUUAAGUAUUCUAUGAUACAACAGAACAAGGAGCUGAGUUUUGGAGGAUUUACUAAGCAAAUGAUUCUUGAAAUGUGCAUUUUGAGUGGUUGUGACUAUUUGCAGUCUCUUCCAGGAAUGGGCCUGAAAAAGGCACAUGCACUUAUUAAGAAGUUCAAAAGUUAUGACAAGGUGAUUAAGCACUUGAGGUAUGCUACAGGUUCAGUUCCACCCCUCUAUGAAGAAUCUUUCAAGAAAGCAAUGUUGACUUUUCAGCAUCAACGAGUUUAUGAUCCCACAAUUGAAGAUAUUGUACAUUUGUCUGUCCUAUCUGACAAUGUUGGUGAUGAUUUGGACUUCUUAGGCCCAUUGAUAUCACAAGAUAUAGCUAAAGGUAUAGCAACAGGAGAUCUUGAUCCAUUCACAAAAAUGCCAUUUCAGGGGCAGAAUGCCAGUGAUGGGUUGCUGCUUGAUGGAACGUAUCAACUCGAGAGCUUUAAACCUGAAAGUGAAAGGAAAAAGAUAGAAUUACCUGCUCAGAAGAAUCUUCUGACUAACUAUUUCUGCUUUACAUCUCUUGAAGCAAAAGGAAAAUUCAGGGCUCCUCGAAUCACACCAAAUGAUUCUAAUCCAGUUCAUGGAUUUCCUCCUACAACCUGCUUGUCAGCAUCUGUACUCAAAUCAGGAAAUCUGGGCAAUGCCACUCCUUCUAAUGACUCUGUGGAAGAUGUUGGUGCUGCAAAAACUCCCGAGUUUAUUGAAUCUGCAAGUCAUGACAUGGCAGGUGACAGGAGAAGUCAAGAACAUUCUUUGUUGCAACAGUACAGGCAUUCUAUACAUAAACCUUGUCUAGCAUUGCAUAAGGAGCACGAAUGUAAGUAUGACUUAGAUGCAGCUGAGGGCAAGAUGCCAGUAGAGAAUAGAAAAAUCAUUGUAAGGAGUCGUUACUUUCAGCACAAGUCAGUAAAAGAGAAUGACAGGGACAAUGAAAAUGAAAAGCUCUUAGUUAACAAUGGUGAUGCCACUGAUAUAUGCGAGAAUAAAAGUCCUCAAAGUCCUUUUGAGAACAACUACUUGAAAAGUGCAAUCACGAAAAGGAAGCCCACUUCUGUGGACAGCAUUCAACCUGAUGUGAAAGCCAAGUACAUGCGGACAAAUGCAUCUCUUGCCAAUAGAAGUAAUUGUGAUCCUGACAUAGAUGAUACAUUUAUUGAGACAGAAGGAGAAGGAGGAAAAUUUGGAUCUAACAUUUCGCAUUUGGGUCAUUAUUCUGAUAUAGCAGAGAAAUCAAUGGAAAGAUUUGUUUCAGUAUUAUCAUCAUUCAAUUACUCGUCUGGUUCUCGUGCCAGUGGUCUCCGUGCUCCUCUGAGAGAUCUGCAGAACAUUCGUCCUACUAGGUCAACUGUUGGCAUUGAUGUAAACAAAUUUGCUUAUGUACCAAAUAAGAUGAGGACUGCCUCGGCAUCUCAAAAGAGGCUGAAUAUGAAUAAUAUUUAAGCAGAAAUCUACGUUGGCAGAGCAUCCAUUUAAUCCAUUUCAGUUGCAGCAAGUACUGAAAAGGCCCAUUCUUUUGUUGACUGGUUCAGAUUGAAUGCAUCUUGAAUGGAUUGAGGGCAUUGGUUAUGCUGCCACUUGUAUGAUUAAUGUGCUUCAUUUUGUAUCCAUUUUUAGAUAUGACCAUUUUUUUCUUCUUGUAUUUUUACUUAUCCAAGCUUUUGGAUUGUGGAAAAUACCCAUGAAGUUGGUAUCUCUGUAAGUGUUAUGAUGGCUCAAAGAUUUUCUGGUCUUUGGAGAAUUUUUUUUCUUCUUCUUUUUGGGUCAUCAUUGAGAUACAUUGUAUUUUCAUAUUUGUAAAAGUUUUGUAUCUUGUUGAAUACACAAAAACAUUUCUCUAUAAAUGGAACUUUUUGUCUUGAACCAACAUUGGACAA